UUCCUAAUUAAAUAAUAACUGUAAUCUGAGAGUAGCUUUUCUGUUUCCAAGUUAUACACAUAUCUAUCAUAUAAGAAACCUGUAUAUCUGCUUGAUUAAUUAUUUAUUAAUUUCGUUUUAAGAGUAGUCGUUAAAUUUACUGAUAAAAUGGACGUGUUCUAAAAAAAAUACAUUUAUUUGUGAGUUUGGAAGAAGCGGUAGUGUAUAUGAGAAGUUGAUUGAUUUGGUUACAUAAAAAAAUUCAAGAUUAAUAAAAUGGUACCGAAACUAACUUAUUUCAAUUCUAAAGGAUUAAGUGAAACAAUUCGAUUAAUGUUUAAAUAUGGUGACAUUGAAUUUGAAGAUGUUCGAAUUGAAAGAGUUGAUUGGCCAAAAUUAAAACUAGAUGCUCCUUUUGGUGAAAUGCCUUUUUAUGAAGAGGAUGGUAAACGUGUCAAUCAAAGUGGUGCUAUUUCUAGAUAUGUAGCUAAAAAGGUCAAGUUAGUAGGAAAAGAUGAUUGGGAAGAUUUAGAAAUCGAUUCCAUCGUAGAUACAUUAACAGAUAUAAGAACAAAGAUAAUCAAAGCUUUGUUGGAGCCUAAUGAAGAGGUUAAAUCAAAGUUAAUAAAAGUCUUAAUUGAAGAAACUUUUCCGUUUUAUUUAGAAAGACUUAAUAAACAAGCUGUUGGUGGAUAUUUUAUAAAUGGAAAAUUAACUUGGGCGGAUUUUCAUGGACUAAUCAUUUUGGAAGCCGUUGAGCUUGUUACCAAGAAAAAACUCAACCCGGAUUAUCCAAAUUUAGCUAAAGUAAUCGAAAACGUAACAAACAUCCCACAGAUUAAAAAAUGGAUUGAAGUGAGACCUAUAACGGUUACAUAAAAAAUUAUGUUAUGCCUAAAAUAAAGACCUUAUCUGUUACAUAAACAA